CCAACUAGUUGCCUCGUCUAAAUUCUCAUUUUCUAAAUAUGCGCGACAGUUGACAUACAAACCCUAGCUCCGCUCCUCUAUAUAUAUGUUGGAGUAGAGAAGCGGCAUCCUAGUCAGGCGCUAGCUGCUGCAGGAGUUGUCUUCUUCUUCAGAUCAUCCACUCCAAGGAAGCAUUUGCUUCUGCAGUAGCUAUAUCCCAUAUAAAUAUAUAUUAAUAUUAUAUCAGUCCUGCUGUUUUAGAUAUAUAGCUACUUACUGAAUAAGAGAUGGCUCCUUCUCUCUCUCAGGCUAAGCUUCUUAUUGCUUCUGUUGCUGAUCGUCUCUCCCUCUCUAUCACCAGGAGAGGUUAUGCUGCGGCGGCGGCAAAUGAGUCGGUGUCUGGCAGGGGAGGGUGUAGGAGUGGUCUGAUGGAGAAAAUGAACGGGCGGACCGUGAUGCAAGAAGAGGGUGGGGCCUCUACGACUUGGGCCCCGGACCCUGUAACGGGUUACUAUAGGCCCGAAAAAUGCUCGGCCGAAAUUGAUCCAGCGGAUCUUCGAGCCAUGCUAUUGAACCACAAAAAGUGAGGCCCAACUAGAAUUAGAUUACGCCUUGCGGUCUCCUGUUAUAGUCAUUGCUAGUUGUAUCACUCUUUUUAUGCUAGCGUGGUUUAUCUACUUGAAUUUUCAGCUCUU